AUGCUCCUUGGAUUGCCUUCUCAAAUUCAUUGCUCACGGACGAGGGGAUGUGGGAAUGGAUUGUCCCACAUAAUUGCACCGGCUUCGUCAGCCCCGAAUUGGCCGUUCAAAGGCACCUACAACAUCCUCCUCCAUUCUCAACGCGGUCAUGGCCAGUCGUCUGUUUCGGCAGCGCCGUGCACUAUCCCUCUCCUCGCACAUGAUCUGGCUCAUCUCAUUUCCAUUCUUAUUCCGGGUGCUGCCGCUCUAGCCUUUGGUGCACUCUAUCCCACGCUCACAGAAGGCGUUAUUUCAUGUGAUACGGGGCCCAAAACUGCUCCAGGGAAUGCGGAAGCAUGGCAAGAACGUAUUGCCCUUGCAAAAACAAAAGGCAUCGAGGAGCUAGCUAGUGUGACUGUUGACCGCUGGUUCCCUUCUCCGUCCAAAUGUGGACAAGGAGCAUCCCCGCUUUCGAGCUCGGAGCAGGCGCUCUCAUGUCGUGACGACCUACUCAAACCGCUUUCAGAAGACGGCGUCGAUUUGCUGCACAGCGAUGUCAAAACCAAAGUGCUGCUUGUUGCCGGCGAGCUCGAUGGCGGGGGUAAAGUUGCAGCUGGAAUGAAAGGAUUGCGCGAAAAAUGGCUUGAAGCUACGCCAGCUGCCAAGGUCGACCCGCCGAGAUUGCCGGGCGGGUCAUCUUCCGAUGAUCGACCGAAACAGAGAAAUACUGGGAAGUCGUGA